CUGGGUUGCAAGUAAAACGCCGGGAUGGCCGCUCGAAUCUCAAUCUCCUCUCUGUUAAUUGUAAGCGCUUAUAAGCGCUUAUUAUCUUCCUUCGUGUUGAUAAAUAUUAAACAAGAAUAAAUGAUGGUUACAAGUGCUGUGAGCGCGAAAGUGAAUACAGCCUUUGUCAUACAGUGUAUGACUGCACUACGUCGUGACUUUCGAGUCCGUGUCUAAUCGUCGGUGACCUCCGAGACUUUUUAAAUUUAAACUGCAAAAUCGAUCGGCUGUUACCGUUUAAAGCCCCGGUUGGAAUCGCGGAUGCCUGGACCGGAACCACGUGGUCGCAAGACUAUAGCAGGCCGCUGAUUCCACGAAUUGCUUAUCAAAGCAGUUACCGUUUAUCGCGUUCACGACAAAAGAUCUACGAUGUUUACGCACGUGAUCAAGCCCAAGGAUAACAGCGGGUUGAAUGUCACUUCAUAAACACACCGCGAUCCUGGCGACAUCGACAGUCUUUAUAUGUGUAUGUUCUGUGUCGACAGUACGCAGGAAGAGCUGAGCACGAACAGCAGAGCAUCUCCUAAUUACAGUACCAUGCAACGACAAAUUGACUCAUGCCUGUCAUGCCGCCGAAAUUCAUCAAUUGUAUCGGAACAUUUCGCGAUCAGAGAUGAAAUCCCGAUCUUCUCUACCCAUACCGCCUUGGUAUGGAAUAGUGUAGAACCAGGAGAAAAUGAAACUAGAGAAUUUAAAAUUCGUAACAUGAGUAAUAACGAGGUUAAAAUUCAGAUAGACAUAUGUGAUGACAUGGGUAAUUUUGGGAAUUUUAAGUUUCUCGGGGAUAAACAACUUACAAGCAUGACACUAGUAAUGCAACGUCAAGCAAGGAAAAAACUUGCAGUCGUGUUCAGUCCGUAUUUUAGUGGCGCGUCGAAUGGAAAGAUUAUUAUUAAGCUAUAUAGAAGAGAGAGUAACAUGUCUCAACAAUAUAAACAAAUAUUUUUGUAUGGAUACGGUGGCUACAGCAAAGUGAAAAUCUUAGAUGUAGUUGAAGAUGCAAGUGGAAAACUAUCUUUGUCACUAGGCAAUUUGUAUUCUGGAACUAUCACACUGAAUGCAAAUUUUAUGUUAAAUAAUACAGGCAACUUACGAUCAUUUGCCAAGAUCAUGGUUAUACCAAAAGUUAUUUCUCCAACAAUGGAUUCUUGGAUUGUAAAUCCAGAAGAAGUAAUACUUAAUGCUGAUGAAGCCAACGAAAUAUCAAUAGAAUUUUAUCCAAAGGAAGAUUUCGCGUUAUUACAACGGUUGCAAGUGUCGCAUGUUGCGACGAUAAAUGUUAUACAUGGUGAUGAACCAACUCGCCAACGAAUACAAAGAUUAUACAAUAAACUAAAAGAGUCGGGUGAAUCAAGUGCAGUUACUGAAAGUGAAAUAUUUAAAAACAGAAUUCUUCCCAUAGUUAAAGCUUUUCCUGAGGAGCAAUUAAUUCCUAGUUUAACGUCAAUUCACGAUCCUGCUCGAUACCUAAGUGAUUUGUGCACUGGCGUUCAUCAAGAUGAGAUUAUGCUCACAGUAAAAGUAUGUACAGACGAUAUUUAUUCACUAGGAUUUCUACGUGAUACUGAUGAUUCAGAGCUGUAUUAUUCUCUAGUAGUAAAUGAUGCUACUCUUGUAGAUGAAGCAGGUGGAGCAAGUUCUACGCUUCUCAAACCAUUGUAGAACACUAUGUUGGAUGCUGAAUCGAUCAAUUUAUUGUAACUCUAUCUGCCAUUGUUAAAUGGCUGAGCCAUUCCGGACCAGUCUAUCGAAUUCAGACAACUUCAAUGUUGUUCCUGUAGAAGGAAUGUUACCCAGCGGAAAGAGCAUUCGUUUAAAAAUACAAUAAAUGUUACAACAAUUAUUUGUGUAACUAUUAUUAAAGAAGGAAAACGAUAUUUUAAUAGACUAAUUUUUAACAAAC